AUGGCGGCGUCUAUCGACAACCGACGGUUUGGCAAGGCGAAAGUACGGUGCUACGGCGGCCUGGACGACGAGGACGAGGAUGAGGAGGUGGCAGGCUGGAAAAAGAAGUAUGGCGGCGGCCACCACGAGGCGGAGCCGGCGGUGCAUGACCCGAGGGACGAGGGUACCGCCGACAGCUGGGUGGAGCGUAGCCCCUCCCUGAUCCGGCUUACCGGGAAGCAUCCCCUCAACUGCGAGCCACCGCUGGGCCAGCUCAUGCACCACGGGUUCAUCACCCCAGUCCCGCUCCACUACGUCCGGAACCACGGGGCCGUCCCCAGGGCCGAUUGGGGGACUUGGACGGUGGAGAUCACCGGCCUGGUGAAGCGACCGGUCCGGCUCACCAUGGACGAGCUGGUCCGUGACUUCCCCCCGGUCGAGAUCCCGGUCACCUUGGUUUGCGCCGGGAACCGGCGCAAGGAGCAGAACAUGGUGCGCCAGACCAUGGGGUUCAAUUGGGGCCCGGCAGCCAUAUCCACCGCGGUGUGGCGCGGCGCCCGGCUCCGGGACGUGCUACGCCGGUGCGGCAUCAGGGACCGCAAGGACGGCGUCCUCUUUGUGUGCUUCGAGGGAGCGGAGGACCUCCCUGGCGGCGGCGGUUCCAAGUACGGGACGAGCCUCAGGCGUGAAGCGGCCAUGGACGCGUCGAGAGACGUCAUGCUCGCCUACAUGCAGAACGGCGAGCUGCUUAAGCCGGACCACGGAUUCCCGGUGCGCAUCAUCAUCCCGGGCUUCAUCGGUGGCCGAAUGGUCAAGUGGCUCAGGCGCAUCAUCGUCGCACCGCAAGAGUCCAACAGCUAUUACCAUUAUAAGGACAACCGCGUCCUUCCCUCUCACGUUGACGCGGAGCUCGCUGACGCCGAAGCUUGGUGGUACAAGCCGGAAUAUAUCAUCAACGAGCUCAACAUCAACUCGGUGAUCAUCACGCCAGGCCACGACGAGAUGCUUCCCGUCGACACCUCCACGAUCCAAAAGCCCUACUUAAUGAGAGGUUAUGCGUACUCUGGUGGCGGAAGGAAGGUGACACGAGUCGAGAUAACAUACGACGGUGGGGAGACGUGGAUGCCGUGCGCGCUCCACCACCCUGAGAAGCCCAACAAGUUCGGCAAGUACUGGUGCUGGUGCUUCUGGUCCGUGGCUGUGGAGGUGACGGACCUGCUCGGCGUCAAGGAGGUGGCGGUCCGGGCGUGGGAUGAGUCCCUCAACACCCAGCCCGAGAAGCUCAUCUGGAACGUCAUGGGGAUGAUGAACAACUGCUGGUUCAAGGUGAAGGUGAACGUGCGCCGGCACCAGAAGGACGAGAUCGGGCUGGUGUUCGAGCACCCAACGCAGCCCGGGAGCCAGUCGGGCGGGUGGAUGGCGCCGCAGAAGCACCUUGAGACGUCGGAGGUGGCGUCGAUGAAGAAGAGCGUCUCCACCCCCUUCAUGAGCACCUCCACCAAGCGGUACGCCAUGUCCGAGGUGCGCGAACACGCGUCCGCCGCCUCCGCCUGGAUCGUCGUUCACGGCCACGUCUACGACUGCACCGCCUUCAUCAAGGACCACCCCGGUGGCGCCGACAGCAUCCUCGUCAACGCUGGUAGCGACUGCACCGAGGAGUUCGACGCCAUCCACUCCGACAAGGCAAGGGCCCUCCUCGAAGCCUACCGCAUCGGCGAGCUCGCGCCCUCGGGUAAUACCUUCGAGGCCUCCCUUCGUGCCACCAUCCGCGAGGUCUCGAGGCCCCUGGCUCUCGUUAGCCCCCAUGAGAUGGUGCAGUGCAAGCUCGUGUCGAGGAAGGCCGCAUCGCGCGACGUUCGCCUCUUCCGCUUCGCGCUCCCCUCAGCGGACCAAGUGCUGGGCCUCCCCGUCGGGAAGCACAUCUUCCUCUACGCUACCAUCGACGACAAGCUCUGCAUGCGGCCAUACACGCCCACGAGCUCCGUCGACGAUGUCGGCCACUUCGAGCUCCUGAUCAAGGUCUACUUCAAGGGCGAGAACGCCAGAUUCCCCAAUGGCGGCCUCAUGUCCCAGCACUUGGAAUCGCUGCCGGUCGGCUCCACCCUCGACGUCAAGGGACCGUUCGGCCACAUCGAGUAUACCGGCCGAGGCAACUUCCUCGUCCAAGGCAAGCCGAGGAUCGCGAAGCGGCUCGCAAUGAUCGCCGGCGGGACCGGGAUCACGCCGGUGUACCAGGUGAUCCGGGCGGCGCUGCAGGACCCGGAAGACCACACCGAGAUGCACCUGGUGUACGCGAACCGGACGGCGGAGGACAUACUGCUGCGGGAGGAGCUCGACGGCUGGGCGCGGGAGCACCCGGCGCAGCUCAAGGCGUGGUACGUGAUCAGCGAGGUGAAGCAGGGCGAGCGGUGGCGGUACAGCACGGGGCGCGUCACCGAGAGCAUUCUGAGGGGGCACAUUCCGGUCGGCGGCUCCGACGACACGCUCGUGCUCGCCUGCGGGCCGCCACCGAUGAUCCAGCUUGCCGUGGUGCCCAAUCUGGAGAAGAUGGGGUACGACACCGCCAAUUCACUACUAAUGUUCUAAAUGCUGUCGAACUGGGCUGCAAAACUCCUCCCUUCUCCAUCCUACCAAGAGGAACGGAGCACUAAGAAAGCUAUAAUGGAAUCUUUCAUUUA